AUGUAUCAACACUAUCAACACAUACUGCAUGAUUAUUAUCUUAAAAUUGAUAUACAUUGUUCGUUUAUUCGAAUUAUUGCUUCUCAUAGACUUCAACCAGUUCCUCUACAUACAAAUAUAUUGACAUCACCAUCAGUAGUCAUGUCAUUUACUAUAUCAUUAAUCAACACUUUACCUAAUAUUAAUGGUAAAGAAGGUGAAAUAUCAACAAAAUUUAUUAAUGAAUCUGAAAUUGAUGCAUAA